AUUAUUAUUAUUAUUGGAGUUCUUCUGACCACCCCCUUUUUAAUUUUAAUUUUAUUGAAUCAAAUCACACUUCUUUAUACCUAUAUACUUCAUAAUUUAAUACCAUUAUUACUGUCAUAUUCUGCAUAUUUCAUUUCAUUUUAAUUUUUAACAAAAAAGAAAGAAAAUUCAAAUUAAUAGCAUCAAAUACAAAAAUCAAAAAUCACAAAAAAAAUGGAAGGACUUUACCAGAACAAUCUCUAUUCAUCGGCUGCAUCUUAUGUCCUGCCAUCUGCACACACCGACUCUUCAUUUGGAAACAACUAUCACUCACAGUAUCGCGUCAGUGCCUUUUCGGAUACCCGUUAUCCAAACCCUUAUACCUCUCUAGGUCCCCAUUCAACCACCUCUUCUUCAGGCCAGUCUUCAUCCCACUAUACUCCUCCUCUUCUCUCCCACCACAAUCCAUCCGGUAUCCACUCUCACCACUCUCAAUCCCACGACCCUUACUCUGCAUCCUCACCAGCAUCAGCAUCCUCAUUAUCACCCCCAUCACUUACCGCUCAUACCCACUCACACAACACCCCAAAUACCCUCAACACACUUAGCACUCUAAACUCAUUCAGCUCACUAAACUCAUUCAACACAAAUUCACUAUCCCUUUCCCUAUCAAACCACAACACAAUCCAAUCAGCAUCACAAUCACAAUCACAAGCAACAACAGCAUCAUCAUCAGCAUUAUCAUUAUCAUUAUCAUUAUCAUCAGCACAACAACCUUCAAUAGCAGCAGCAGG